AUGGCAGUCUCCCUUGAUAAAGGAUCUCCCACAAGAAAAAAAUCCCUUGGGAAACUAAGGUUAUUGGGUAACUAUCAGUACAAGUUGACUGUGUUAGAAACUGGAAGAGUGGAGCUCAUUCUCAAGACACGUCUCGCCUCUGACGAAAAAUGCAUUCCUGGUGAUUACCUACCAUGCCAGUAUUGCUUUAGCUGCAUAAAGCAACAGGACUUAUGGAAACACAUCACAAUUCGUGAUUCUAAAUGAGAAGGUUACAAUUCCCCAAAACAUCAGAGGAUGCAAGCCAAGGCUAGGUCAUUGUUGCCUAAUCCUGCCACCUGUUCUAGUGACGCCAGCAGUAUAUUAAGGCGACUGUUCUUAACUAUGAAAAGAGAUGAAGUCUUCCUGGUUGCUCAAGACAAUUGGCUCAUCAAGGAAGUGGGGUUGAUUUUGGUUGAACAGUAUGGUGAAAAGCAACAGCACCUUACUGCUCAAAAAAUGAGGGAACCUAAUCCUGCCACCUGUUCUAGUGAUGCCAGCAGUAUACUAAGCUAACUGUUCUUAACUAUGAAAAGAGAUGAAUUCUUCCUGGUUGAUUAAGACAACUGGCUCAUCAAGGAAGUGGGGUUGUUUUUGGUUGAACAGUAUGGUGAAAAGCAUCAGCACCUUACUGCUCAAAAAAAGAGGAAACCUAAUCCUUCCACCUGUUCUAGUGACGCCAGCAGUAUAUUAAGCCGACUGUUCUUAACUAUGAAAAGAGAUGAAGUCUUUCUAGUUGUUCAAGACAACUGGCUCAUCAAGGACGUGGGGUUGUUUUUGGUCGAACAGUAUGGUGAAAAGCAACAGCACCUUACUUGCUCGGCUCCUUAAACAAUUUUGUGCAGCAGAUUUCAGUCCAAAUGCCCAGCUUGGAGAUUUCAUCAAGCCAGCGAGGUUUGAUGUUGUCAUCAGUGCAGUGAAAAGCCUUUCAAAGUUUCAGUUUGAAGGUGUCCAGAGAGUUGCAACACCAUCAUUGUCUCUCAAGGUUGUUCUUUCUCUAAAAAGGUGUGUUUCUAUUCUUCAGGGCAGAGCCUUUCACACAAAGGACAAAGAUCUGCAAGAGCAUGCUUACAAUUUUGAAAAACUUUUAGAUUCGGAAUGGGGCCAUUGUAUUUCCUAUCAUUCUCUCAAUACCAUGGAAGAAAGCAAGUUUAAUAAAAUUGAAAUAUUAUCUCUAGCAGAGGAUCUUGAGAAACUACAAAGAAGCCUCCUUUCAAAUAUUUCUUCCAGCACACAAGUCCUUACAGAACCUCCGCUACAAGCAUGGAGCCACCUUGCUUAA